UUCACACUGUUGGUCACUGGGUGGUGAUAAUGAACACAUUUCUACCAUCUGUCAAAUAAAGAGGAAGAAACUACACUCUGCUCUUCUGCAUUCGCGUCCACCCAGGAAGGAUUACAGAGCUGCAACAGUGUGAGUGAAGACUCCAAUGACAACCCUCAGUGAGAGAUGACGGACUCUGAGGUGUCUGUGCUGCUUCACUGUGCAGCCUGGAGCGGCCUUCUGGAGUCUCAAGUGCAAGUGGAGCUCUCUGAAAGAUUUAACAGGCAGACGGAUCCGACUCUGGAGCGUCAGAUAGAGGAGGCGUGGACACAACGGGUGUCCAAGGAGCCGUGGCUUUUCAACGGGUCCAAAUUCAGACUGCACUCUUUCUGCUUGGCCUCCCCUGCCGUUACUCCCAAACACCCACCCUGCACUCAAUCCCCCCACGUCCCCGUCGUGGACCAUACAGGAGAGGGUCAGGAAGGGGAGUUAAAGAGGAGGCAAAGAACGGAGGAAAAUAUGUGUAGCAGCGAUUCUCUGCAUCACACUGCUCAGAACUGUUUGGAUGAAAGAGGCAGAAAUCAGGCAGUAAACACAGAUGAGCAGGAGACUGGGCCGCUCCUCACUCUGAGACUGGGCCUGACAUGCUACAAAGACUACCUGGGGACAAACUGGUCGUGUGAGGUGGCAGAGCUCCGUCGGCGCGGAGAGGUGGAGUUCGGUGACGCCCUGGCGCUGCUGGCUCAGCCUCUGGGCGUGGGUGGUGUCCUGUGCACGGAUGACAGUCAGGUGGUGUUGAUCAGGAGGAGCCAGAGGGUGGCGGAGGCGGGGGGGCUCCUGGACAUCCCCGGAGGUCAUCCAGAGCCAAAGGUGGUGUGUGAGCGUCUGGGCCAGGAGGUGCGUGAGGAGCAGAUCAGUGUGGACAUGAUGCAGCAGAGGCCCGUCGUCUCAGAGCUGUUCUCGUCCGUGUGCGCUGAGAUCAGGGACGAGGUGAAUAUCCCUCUGAGCUCCCUCGGAGAGCCCGUCCUGAUGGGGGUCGCUCUGAAUCACACCAGCGCUGGCAGGCCGAGUGCUGAGUUCUAUGUCAGUUGCUCUUUGACGUCUGAUGAAGUCAGAAAGUUGUACUGGAAAGGAGGAGCAGAGGCCAACGAGUCCACAGAUAUUGUCUUCCUCAGCAGAGCGGAUGUGUUGCAGCUGGACAGAAGCAGCCCUGUGUGGGCGGAGCUGUGUCCUUCAGCUAAAGGAGCCGUGCUGCUUUAUCAGACAGUGAAGCCAGACGGAGAGCGAAGUCAGAGCUGAUGACACAACAAUCAGCUGAUCAGAGGAUGGAUCCAGGCGAUCAAAUGUACAAACACUCCUUUAAAGGUUCAGGGAUUUAUUACUCUUUGACUUUAAGCACUCUCUGACCAAUACUAGUGUUAGAACUGUGCAAAAUACUGUAUUUUUUUUAUUAUUUGUACACUGUGCAGUAAAAACAUGAUCAAAUUUUAAAAAGUAUUUUGAAUAAAAAUCCUAAAAAGUGA